CGCUGCCGGGCGAUGUUCUCCCGCGAAGUAUGAAGAAGUAGCAGCCCCGAGAGUGAAGGAUUUAGCCGCCUCUGGAAGCCCACAUGUGCCAGUCGUGGAAGGGCUGGGGCUCGUCAUCCCAGUGUAAACCCAGCCCAGCUUUCCUUCUAGGAGAACCACAUUGUUACGUGCUGCGAUCAGCCUCUGGCGCGGAGAGAUCAGCCUGGGAUAGUGCGUUUUUAAGGGCCAGAUCCUGCUCCCAUUGAUGUCAGUGGCACAGUUCCCAGUUCCUGACGGCACUCCUGUGUUGAGAAGACAGCAGCCUCUUCCAUCUCUGAUCUACGAUGAGUGCCAAAGCUGCUAUCAACAAAGAAAUUUUCGCCCCACACGAUGAAAGGAUGCUGGGAGCUGUCCAAGUGAAAAGGAGAACGAAGAAAAAGAUCCCUUUCCUAGCAACUGGGGGCCAGGGUGAAUAUUUAACCUACAUCUGCUUGUCAGUGACAAACAAGAAACCCUCCCAGGCGUCUAUUACAAAAGUCAAACAGUUCGAAGGUUCCACGUCUUUUGUAAGGAGAUCACAGUGGAUGCUUGAGCAGCUUUGCCAGGUUAAUGGCAUAGACUCUAAUCGGGAUUCUCCAGAAUUUGAUUUACUAUUUGAAAAUGCUUUUGACCAAUGGGUAGCAAGCACGGCUUCCGAAAAAUCCACAUUCUUUCAGAUUCUUCACCACACUUGUCAGCGUUACCUUACAGACAAGAAGCCAGAAUUUAUCAACUGCCAGUCUAAAAUUAUGGGAGGAAACAGCAUACUUCAUUCAGCAGCAGACAGUGUGACCAGUGCAGUACAGAAGGCAAGUCAGGCUUUGAAUGAGCGUGGCGAAAGGUUAGGUCGGGCAGAAGAAAAGACAGAGGAUAUGAAAAACAGUGCCCAGCAGUUUGCAGAAACUGCACACAAGCUUGCCAUGAAGCACAAAUGUUGAGAUACUGCCUAACACAGAGAUCUUCCCAAGAGGAACUGAAAAGCUAGGUUUCAGCAGUUUUUACUGGAGAUCCAAACUUUCACCUGCUUUAUCCUUCCAACUCAGUGAAGAUGCGUUAACCAGUUAACAUACAGGAAAAAUGUUGCAUUCCCACAUUUUUAUGGUAAUUUCACUAAGCAAUGCUGCUGUAUCUCCAACCUUUAUUUUGUAUUUAAGUUAUUGUAGGUGUUUUUAAAAAACAUGGAAACUGGACCAAAUGAGAAACUGAUCAAGAUAAGCACCAUCUUAUUUUUUCUGGUGUCACACAGGAAGAAGUAUUAAAUUGGCUACAAGAGGUGUUCCUGUAAAGAAAUAAAAUCCCAAACAAUGGUUACAUAUUUUUUCCCUUUUGUAUAGUGCUAGUGGAAUUUGAACGUUGGAAUUAUGCAUCCCAGAUGAUAAUCCUGUAGUGGAAAGCAGACUGAUUUGUUAUGUGAAACAGCAGACCUGAUCAUUUCUGCCACUCAGUAGGAAUUUUUGUACCAGCAUUCAGAAGUGCAAAUUUGACUUUCAGAUGUGACCCUGCUAUCCAUGCUGCCUUUUGAAAACAUCCUGUUGUACUUUCCAGAUUGAUUUUUGGAUUGUAUAAUAAAAUAUAAAGAAUGUAACCUUGAGAUUUUAAGAUCUAAGAAAAAUCUGAUAUUUAAAUCUGUACACACAAAAUGGUUGUGCCCCAUUACCACAGUCUGGAAUUUAGCAGUCUUUGCGUGGUUUCUUUUUAACUAUGAUUUCUCUGAAUAGGGCCUUUAUAAAUGAAAGUUUGAAAACAAACUUUCCAAGCUACCAGUUUUUCAUAAACUUUACACAGAAAAUAUUGUUAACAUCAAAUAGCCUGGAAAAAUACCUUUCCAUUGCAGAUUGAUUAACUAUUUUUGAUCUAUUGUCUUCCUUAACAGACAUCUGUUUCCCUCAUUUUCCUUCAGAAAUUCUCAAGUUAUUUAUUCAUAGGAUUAAAAUGUGAAGCCAGUACAAGAAGUUAUACUUGAUUUUACCAAGAGUACGCAAACAUAAAAUGCUAGCUGAGCUUUCAGCCUUCAGCUGUAGUACAUUGGUCCUAAGCUGCAUGCAUCUUCAACAUUUUCUGUUCCCUUCUUACUGAUGGGCCAGACAGCCAGUGUAAUCUGAAUAUACCGUAGUAUUCAUUGUCAAUGCAGAAUAAGAUUUUGCAUUAUUAAUGACAUUUUAAAGAGCUUAGAAACUAAUAAUAAGGUAGUAUGUGGGGUGGAGGGAAGAAAGAGAAAAGUAACUAAGAAGGAAAUAAUAACUCUUGGAAAUAUCGAUAUUACAAAAAGGGGACUGAAUUUACUUGUGAAGAAAUUCUAAGUCAACCUACAGAAGUCAUCUAGUGAAAUGUGUAGUAUAUAAGUGUAUAUUUUUAAUUAUGCUAUUUUGUACGAAGUUUUUUAAUUGCAUAGUGGAAGUUGUUUAGAGGAGGGAGCAUGUUUGUCAUCUGUUUAGCACUGUAGGAUCACAUCAAGGACAACCUUGAGAACUGUCACAUCCCAAGCUGCCAGCUGGGAAAGAAUUUGGCCAGACAUAAGCUGCAAGUCAGAACAGGGCCACUAAAGCGUGAGGCCCCAAGCACCACUUGAGCUACUUAUGACUAAUGCUUGCCUUGAAAGAAUCUGUAGCAUCACAAGCACAAUAGGAAACAUUUUAAUAAAUAGGGCUCUUACUAGAGACCAGCAAGGAAAAAAGCAGUCUCAUAUUGGGAAUUAAACAAAACAAAACGUAAGGUUAGUUCUGGGGUUUUUUUAAAUGUGUCAUUAGAAUCUUUUUCAGAUGUACAGUACAGUUCUGACAGCAAAGCAGAUGUCUUUAUCCAUUCCCCUCUCUUAGAGUACGUUUAACCUGCAAUAAAACAUUUGCAGCUGGCCCAUGUCAGCUGACUCGAGUUUGCAGGGCUCAGGUUGUGGGGUUAUACAGCUGCAGUGUAGACUUUCAAGCUCGGUCUGGCGCCUGAGCCCUGGGACACCACAAGCAGGCACGAACCCAGAGACUAGGCUCCAGCCUGAGCCCAAAUGUCUACACUGCAAUUUUAUAGCCCCACAGCUAUUCUUACUUUUUCUUUUUUUUUUUAAACUGUACUCUCAAGGAUUUUGCUACCUGAUGAAAUUGAGGUCAUGAGUAGUCAGUAUGAAAACGAGAGUCAUAUGCUAAUGAAAAUUCAGUAGUGAGAACUACAACCAUAAAAGUAGUUCUACUAAAGAAGAGAGAGAAUAGGAUUUGAAUUGUUGCUACCUAGCUUUUACUCAGAGGUUAUAAAUAAUUUAGAAGAGACGUUUAAACCCCAGAUCAGAUAUACUUGGGGAGGCACACUGCUAAAUUCCAGAUCCCUUUUUCACAGGUUAACCUGUUGUUCUUUAAUAUGUAUGUUUUAGUACCAUUAACUGGUUUUCAUAGUUGAGUUUAAAUAACUCACUGCAUUCAAGAAAGGAAAAGAGAUUUAUUUGCAUUCUGUUACAUUCCUGGUAUUCAGUAAACUACUAGAUGUAAUGGCACUUAAGAAGAUUUCAAGAAAGUGUGCUGACAUCCCAUACUGCAGAUAAACUUUACCACGUUACACUUCCCUCCUGGAACUUAGCUGUAGUAUACAACACUAGUAUUAGAUAUUUGUGUACAUAAAAUAUACAGUAAUUCAGGUUAAUGUUUCAUAUUAAAGAAUGUAUUUGUAAAAUGUAACAAGAUCAGUAGUUUCCUUAUUACAUUACCUUUUUAAAGUUCUGCAAAGAAUAAAGAUCAUGUAUUGUUGGACUUGA